AUGGCUCAAGCUAAAAUACAAGCAAAAAUCAACGACGUGUCGAGCGGCAAGUUCAACAGAUCUAUGUCCAUGGCGGACCGGGCCGGACAACUUUUGUCGAAUUUGGAUCAGCUGGAGUUGAGGGUGGAGGCGCUCCGCGAAACAGCUUCGGCCAUGGAGCAGGAAAGGGAGUGCAUCCUGGAAAUGAUUCAAUCCUUACAAAACAGUCAAGAAAUGCACAACAUCAGUGCUGGAGAGAAAGAGGAAUUGACUUUAACUGCCGACCGACUGAUGGGCCGCACGUUAUCGGUAGAGAUCAACGUGGGCACCAUCAGAAGCGGUCAACAGGAGGAGGCCCUGCGCCAGGCCACAUCCAUCAUCGACGAAAUCGUGAAGAAGUUGUUGGUUGACAUGACCGAAUCAAAGCAGCGGCUCCUCGCCUUGCAUUCGGCGUGCGUGACAGAGGCGCCGCCCGUGCCCAUUGACCAAAAGUUUCAGGCCAUUGUGAUCAGCUGUGCUCUGGAGGACCAGAAGAAGAUCAAGAGAAGGCUAGAGACGCUGCUGAGGAAUGUUGGAAAUGCUGAGAAGAAUAUUAAGAUCAUGGAUCACCAGAAAUUAGAGGAGCCAAAAACCAACGGCAGUCAAUAG